AUGGCAAGGAACCUUAGCAAAUUUGUGUUCUUUGCACUUCUUGGCUUUUCAUGUGCCUUUAAUGAUUUUGGCUUCACAGAAGAAGAGGUAUCAGCUUUUACUAAUCCUUAUGUAGUCACAUCAGUUUCUCAAAGCUCAUCAAGUGUUUACAUUAGUGCUGCAUAUCAAGCACCAGCAGGUGAAAUCGACUUUUUAGGGGCAGAGCAAAUAAUUCAAAGCCUUUCAAUUGUUAUUCAGUACGACAAUGCAUACCGUGUCCGUGUAACAAUUACAGAUGCAAACAACUCAGGCCGUUGGAGAGUCCCAGACUCAAUUCCUCCAUACUCUCCUACUGGUCCAGGAACCUUUUACUCUUUAACUCCUAUAGUAGUUGGGCAGCCUCUUUCAAUCAAGAUCACAAGAACGACUGACAAUAAAGUUGUUUUCUUCCUUAACCCAAAUCAGCCUUUUGGGUACAAUGAUCAAGAUAUUGGCUUUGCCAAUUGGCUUGGAUAUCCUAUUCAAGUUAUGGGACUUGGUGAAAGAAUUUCUUCAUUUGUCCUAGCCCAAGGCUCAUAUACCCUUUAUGCACGUGAUAGAGGGUCUCCAAUUGAUACUGGAGACACUCCUGACUCGAACAUGUACAGCGCUCAGCCAUUCUACCUUGCAGUUGACAAUCAGCUUGCAGCUCAUGGAGGACUAUUUUUGAAUUCCAAUGCAAUGACCUCAUUUGUAGGCAGCAACUUUGUGGGAUUCAGAACAACAGGAGGAAUUAUUGACUUCUUCUUAUUUAUUGGGCCAGAGCCUGCUGAUGUAAUAUAUCAGUAUCACCAGCUUAUAGGAAACCCAACAUUGGUCCCUUGGUGGGGUUUGGGUUGGCAUCAAUGCAGAUGGGGAAUGCAAAACAUUUCAGUUGUGGCCAAUGUCUCAAAUUCUUAUACAACCUACAAUCUCCCAUUAGAUGCUAUGUGGAUCGACAUAGAUUACAUGAAUCAGUUCCAAGACUUCACUCUGGAUCCAGUCAAUUUCCCACAAGCAAGCGUAAGUGCCUGGGUUGCAGGUUUAACGAAAGCAAAUAAACACUUUGUACCUAUAGUAGAUGCUGGAAUUGCACAAAACACCCAAUACGCCACUUAUUCAGCUGGACUAGCUCUAAAUGUCUACAUCGCAUCUCCAAACCACGCUGGCCCUACCACUGGAGUUGUGUGGCCAGGAACUGCAGUUUUCGUUGACUGAACUAAUCCAAAAGCUACAGCAUUUUGGACAAGCCAGCUCACAGGAUUCCAAACCUUGGCAGGUUUUUCUGGAAUUUGGCUCGAUAUGAAUGAAGCAAGCAAUUUUGUCAAUGGAGAACCAAACUACCCACCUACCAAAAUCACCAAUUUGACAAUGCCAUACACCCCAGGCCAAGACGUGAAUAUGAACUCAUUGGAUGUGGCUUCAACACAUUAUGGAGGAGUGCUUGAAUAUAACCUUCACAGCAUGUUUGGGUUCUAUGAAACCUUUGCAACUUUCCAAUAUUUCUCCAGCCAAAAUUUGAGACCUUUUAUCAUUACAAGAAGCUCUUUUGUAGGAACUGGAAGAUAUGCUGGAAAAUGGACUGGUGACAACUUUUCACAGUGGAGUUUCAUGGCUUAUUCAAUUACUGGGCUAUUUGAUUUAGGGAUGUUUGGGAUUGCCUUUGCUGGAGCGGAUAUCUGCGGAUUCCAAGGCAAUACUAAUGAAGAACUGUGUUCUAGAUGGAUGCAACUAGGUACCUUAUAUCCAUUUUCAAGAAACCACAACCAAAUAAUGCAAGUAGACCAAUAUCCAUGGUCAUUUGGUCCAACUCUCUUGCAGACCUCAAACAUUGCUAUUAGAACUAAAUACUCUUUAUUGCUACACUUUGCAACAGGAAUGUUCAGAGUUUCUCAAAACGGAGGAAUGCACUUCAGACCAGCUUUCUUCGACUACCCUAACGACAUUAAUCUAUUGAACAACGCCACAUCUCAUUUCAUGCUUGGUGAAGGGCUCAUUGUUCACCCUGUUCUAUCACCUGGAUUAACAAGAAUGUCAGCCUAUUUCCCAAGUGAUCUUUGGUAUGACUUUUAUCAAGGCACUUACACUCAAUUGAAUUACUACAAUACUGUUAAUCUGAAUGUCACACUGCCAGGCCCUAUUCCUAUUCAUGUCAGAGGGGGCCAUAUAAUUUCAACUUUGGAUAAUUCGAAUACAGUUCUUGAUGCUAUCACAUUAAGAAAGUCGCCUAUUACUUUGGUCGUUGCAUUAAAUGGAGCUUUCCAAGCUAAUGGACAUGCAGUGUUUGAUAAUGGAGUUUCUGCUAGUACCAUUUCAGCAAAUGAGUUUACGAUGGUUAAUUAUCAUUAUCAAUACUUAAAUCAAACCUCUGAUACCUUGAUUAUUCAGCCAAGUGUAAAUGGAUAUACAAGACCUGCUGGAGAGUUCCCAUAUAUUUCAAAUAUCAUCAUUUAUGGGUGUGUUGAAGGAGUAAGAAACGUAUUUUAUAGCAGCAAUGCUUAUACUGGACAGCUGAAUCCAGUAUUUUUGCUGUGGAACCCUACUACCUCUGUUUGCAAGAUUAAUCUUUCUAGCUCAAGAGUGCCUGUUCAACCUGAUGUUGCAGCUACAAUCACGAUUAACUUUUAUCUCUAACGCCCCGUGAGCGAAUUAAAAAUUUUGUUUGCUUAUGGAGAGGGUAUGGCUUUUUUUUAAAAUUUAAAUAGUGAUUAUUUUUUAAAAAUCCAUUUUCGCAAAAAUUUUAAAGCAAAUAUUAAUUUAACUGCAAAAUUUAUGUUUUAAAAAUGCAAUUUGUUUAAAAUUAAACAGAAUUAGCUAGAGAUUUCAUUAUAAUAAUUGUCACUUAUAUAUCAAAAAUUGUUUGUUCGUUCACUAAGAGCGGCUUUUUACCCAAAAAAUAGGGAUUUUUCCAAUGGUUUUAUUCGCUCACGGAGGAGGGGAGUAA